AUGCUUGGAGAAGAAGCACUUCACAAUGGAGAAAACAUCCCAGAGGUUCUUAUGGAAGAAAUAGAAUCAACACUUAAAACUAUAAAAAAUGGUAAGGCAGCUGGUAAUGAUGGAAUAACAGCUGAAAUGUUGAAGUAUGCUGGCAGAAAGAUAUGGAAAAUCUUGCUUGAACUUAUACCAAGUACCCUUGAAUUGAAUGAAGUAUUUGUGGAUAUUGUUAAAAAUAUUUUUGAUUGUCUAAAUACUUUUGGAAGAUUAACAGAUAUUUUAAAAGAAUAUAAAGAUGAAAUUCCUUCAUUCAAAGAAGUUAUAAUGAAAGAUGAAGAUUGUAUUCAUUUACAAAAUAAUAUUUCAAGUGGACUUAAUACUCUAAAGGACAAUAAGGAAGCAUAUUGUAAACGAUGGGAAGCAUAUUCUAAUCUUUGGAAUAUAGAUAUGGCUGCAUUUAUAGAAAAUUUUAAGCUGCAACAACCAUCUGCUAAAAUAUUUGAAGAUGACAUUAACAGAUAUACAGAAUUAAUGAACGGUGCACAAAAAGAAGACAGAAAUUAUUACAUCCAGUUUUUAUCUAUUGAUUCAACUCCAGUAAAAUAUUCCAUUAAAACAUAUUGUUUAAAUUGGAAAAAUGAAUUGUUGAAAUUAUUAUUUGAAAUUUCUAAAGAAAAAUUAUUGGAGCUUCAUAAUUAUAUGGAUACAAAUAUAGAGAAUUUGGAAAAAUAUCCACAAACUAUAGGUGAACUUCAACACUUUGCUAAUCAGAAAAAACUGAAAGAAGCAUUGGAUAAUGUAAAACAACAAUUUGAUCCUUUGAGAGACAAUUUUAAAGUUUUAGAUAAUUAUAAUUAUUGGAUUGAUCCUGAGUUAAUGAAACUGUUAGAAGAUUUAAACCCAAAAUGUGAAAAAUUAAAAUGUUGUGUAGAAAAUAUAGAUGAUACAGUAGACAAAAUAAAGACAGCAAAUAAUUUAGAAAUAAUUUGGAAAACUGUAAAAGAAUGGGAAGAAAAAUGCACUGAAUGGAAGAAAAUACCAUUUUUAGAUCUCGAAACAUCAGAAAUUGAAAAACAAACUAAUUUUAUUUUUUUAAAGCUAGAAAAUUUUAUGAAAAGUUUGGAUGAAAAAUGGGAGGUUGCUGAAUAUUUAUAUAUUUCCAUAACUAAAUUCAAACCUAUGAUAUUUAUUGUAACUGAUUUAAAAAAUCCAGGAAUAAGACCUCGCCAUUGGACAUCCAUUCAAAAUAUUCUUGGAAGAGUGUUUAAUUAUUCUUCACCUAAUUUUAACAUAUAUGAAAUGAUUAUUCUUGGAAUUGAAAAACAUAAACAAGAAAUUACUGAAAUUGUUUCUGCUGCUAUGAAGGAAUUAGAAAUUGAAAAGAUCAUAGAAGAAAUUAAAAGUUCGUGGAAAGCUAAAACAUUGACAUUAAUGGCAGUCAAAAAUAUGUAUCAUCUUACAGAUAUAGAUACAAUUUUUCAUGAGAUUGAUGAUAACUUGAUGACAAUUACAUCAAUUAAAUAUUCUAUUUAUGCAAAACCAUUUAAACAAGAAAUCCAUAUUUUAGAAUGUUCUUUAUCACUAAUGAAAGAAAUGCUUGAAAAAAUAUUAGAAAUUCAAAAGAAAUGUAAUCAACUUCAGAAUAUUUUUGUUAAUGGUGAAUUAAGAUGUUUAAUGCCUAAAGAAGCAAUAGAUUUUGAAGAAUUAAAUCAUAAUUGGCAGACUGUGACCAAGAAACUUCAUAAGAGUGAAAAUGCAUUACAGAUAACAAAGUAUCCAGACUUUUUGAAUUUUCUUAUUGAAAUGAUUACAAAAUUUGAAUCACUAGAAAAUAAUUUGAAUAUAUUUCUUGAGUCAAAAAGAAAUGUUUUUCCUCGCUUUUAUUUUGUCUCCAAUAGUGAUUUAUUUGAAAUGUUAAGUGAUCCCAAAAAUGAAGAUAUUUUGCAACUUUACAUUAAAAAAUGUUUUCAUACUAUUAAGAAGUUAAAAUUUCAAAAAGCAUCAGGUUCGUCAUCAUCUGAAGUUUCGGGACUGUUUGGUUUUGAUGAAGAGUAUGUUUCUUUUCAUCAAACAGUUCAUUUUACUGAAAAAUUGGAAUAUUGGGCAUGCAAUCUUGAAAAAACAAUCCAGACAACUUUACGAAAACUUCUUGUUCGUUUUAGUCGAUUAUAUGAACAACAAACUAAUACUUUAGAAGAUGUAAAUAAAAAGCUUGAGAACUGGUUAUUAAAUUUUCCGGGACAGAUAUGCAUUUUAGCAUUUAAAAUUCAUUGGACAUCAGAAUGUACUAGAGCAUUAAUAUCAAUAAAGGAGAAAGGAGAAAAGUCAACAAUACGAAACUUAAAGAAAAAACAAGUUAAGUUAUUAGAUAAUCUGAUAACGGUUUUAAAGACAUCAACAAGCAAUUUAAUAAAAGAAAAGACAAUAAAUUUAUUAACUGUGGAAGUAUAUGCAAGAGACAUUAUUGAAAAAUUAUUGAAGACUGGUUGUAAAAGUCCACAGGGAUUUGAAUGGUUGAGUCAGUCACGAUUCUAUUAUGAGAAAGAAAACAAUGCUUGCAUAGUUAAGCAAGUAAAUGCAAUAUUUGAUUAUCAGUAUGAAUAUCUUGGCAAUUACAGUCAGAUUGUUAUAACACCAUUGACAGAAAGGUGUUUUAUUACUGUCACAACAGCAUUACAAAUGUUUCAAGGAACAAUUGUCCAAGGUCACAAAGGAACUGGAAAAACAGAAACCAUUAAAGCAUUGGCAAAACUAUUAGGAAACUAUGUUUUGACUAUUAACUGCUGGGAAGGGUUAGAUUAUAUAUCUGUUGGAAGAUUUCUAUCUAGUGUUGUACAGAAUGGUGCUUGGUGUAUAUUUGAUGGAUUCUUUAACAUAAGAAAAGAAAUUAUGUCAGUUGUAUCAUAUCAGUUCCAUUCUGUUUAUAUGGCUCUUUCACAAAAUAAAGAUAUAUUUGUAUUUGGACAACAAGAGAUUAAGUUGAAAAAGAGCUGUGGAAUAUUUAUUACAGUUCAUCCUUCUUUAUAUUGUGAGAGUAUAAAAUAUGAAACUGUUCCUGACAAUAUAAAGAAAAGGUUUAGGCCAGUUGCAAUGAUUUCCCCCGAUACAUUAUUUAUAGCUCAAAUAAUAUUAUAUGUUAAUGGAUAUAGUAAUUCUAAGGCAUUGGCCAAAAAAGUAUUUGUAUUAUAUAAAUUGUCUGCACAUUACUUAUCCAAACAGAAUCAUUAUAAUUUCAAUUUGAAAAGUUUAGUGGCAUUAUUGAAGUAUGCCAUAAUGAAAAAAAGAGAAUUUCCAUCAAAAACAGAUGAAGAGAUCUUAUUGGUAGCAAUAAUGCAAAUGAAUACUUCAGUAUUGACAUCUAGUGACUUGAAAAUUUUUAAUGAAAUUUUGCAAGAUUUAUUUCCCAGAGUUGAAACUUCUCUUAUUCCUUAUGAUAAGAUAAUCUAG